AUGGCCAGGGAUCUCGACGGGUUGCGAAUGCCGAACCAGGCGGAGCGGUUCGUCCACGGGCAAUCCCGGAUGGACUGGCAGGAGAAGGACGUGCUUGUCGUCGACGAGGUUAGCAUGCUCGGAUUUUGGAGGAUCCCCAUUGUCCUCUUCUGCGGAGACUUCCACCAGUUCCGCCCGGUCCAAGAGCGGUCGAUCCUCCUCCCCAGCACGGCCGUCUCGUGGGACAUGGACAACUCUUUCAAGGCCGAGCAACGGCACCAGCACGACAAGGCGCACGCGCUGUGGAAGAGGUUCACGACCGUCGUCAUGCUCGACGAGCAAAUGCGCGCCGCUGGCGACCCAGAGCUGCAGAGGCUGUUAAAGCGAAUCCGACUGGGCGCGCAGGACCGUACGGAUCUGGACCUCCUCAACUCAAGAUGCUACCAGGAAGGUAGGCGGAUCCCGUGGGCAUCAGGCAUCACUGUGGUGACGCCGCUGAAUAGGAACCGGUGGAACCUCAACAUGGAGGCCAGCUUGGCGUUCCAGAUCCAGCACCGGUCGACGCUGCGCAUCUUCAUAUCCGGCCAUAAAUGGAAGGAGGGCUUGCCGACGGAGGAGGAGGCCAUCAUGAUGCUGAACCAGGGCGACGAUAGCGCAAUACCGGUGCCGGCCGUCUUCAUGUUCGUGCCGGGGAUGCCGGUCGUCGUGAACCACAACACCCAUCAGGGGCUAAAGCUGGUGAACGGUGCCAGCUACACGGCGCUGGAGGUUAUCCUCGACAAGUCGUACCCGGGCAUCGCAUCUCGGCAGACAUGA